CAUCUCGAAGAACCGAAGGACGUGCACGGAAAGGUUUAGAGAGCAUGAUGACAUAGUUAUUAGUCUCAUCACUCGUGUCAGAUCUCCAUUUGCGAAACUUGCGCUUGAACUGGUUUUGCGAUCAGGUUACAUAAAAGGCCCUUCAAGUUGCGGAUAAUGGACAAUACGUUAUUUAAUGCCGAUGCUGUCAAAGAAAAGAUAUCUGAACUCGAGGAAGCCAUUCCGAACGCUCUUCAGCAGGUCUUCGUAAUGGAGACGGAACUCAAAGCCUACAAGAACAUGCUCUCUCCCAUUCUCAAACUUCCAACCGAUGUUCUCUCCCUUAUAUUUGGACUAUGCACAGACAGUUGGCACAUUUACGAAUAUGUUCCAUGGGUCUCAUCGUACACCUGUCGAAGAUGGCGUGAUGUCGCCCUGUCCUAUCCUUUUCUUUGGAACGUCGUUCGCAUUGAUGCAAACCUUCAGACAUACUCUCUCCUCAACUCCGACAUGUUGAAGACGUGGUUUGCCAGAUCACAGUCGCUUCCUCUAUCUUGUGAUGUCAGGUUCAGGCCGUAUCCGGAAGACCUUGAUUCAGACGAUUCUGGUUUAGACGAGGGUGUAGACGACUCGAUGAUACACGAUAAAAUUCUUGACUUGUUGUUAAGCGAAAGUCAGAGGUGGCUCGACAUGUCCUUCAAGAUGGACCUAUAUCACUGCCUGGCGACGACCACUAGGCCUUUCACGCUUCUGCGAUACUUGCACAUCAAUGUCCAGUUUUCGUCUAGUCAUAGAUCGCUGAUACCCCGUACAUUCAAUGCCUCUGCAUUUGCGUCUGCACCCAAUUUGGUGGAAGUUUCGGUCGACGUCCCGAAGCCCUUACCUGUGGUGUCGCUUCCAUGGCACCAACUAAAACGAUACUAUUGUGGUUCAACUCCCGAAGAAAGCAACUUCUUAGACCUCGCGAAACUCGUAAAGAUUGAACAUUUGAUUUUUACGCUCUGCAAGCCCCUUGUUGUCAGCCCUCAACGUCAACCAUUGCAUUUGAUCAAUCUUCGCCGAUUGGAUAUUUUUGGCUGGGGGCAGCCAAUCAUGAAAACUCUUCCCUUCCUUCACCUUCCUUCACUCGAAGACCUCUUUCUUCAUUCCAGCGAUCCGAAAAUCAGCCCUGACAUCAUACGGUUAAUCUUCGACGUCCAGGAGGGCAGUUCUUAAAUCUCCCAGGGAAUGCUCUUAUAUCUCCUGUGAUUCUCCAGUUGGCGCAUGAACUCAGAGCUGUUAAUGAACUCCACCUCGACCUCACUGAUAGGGGUCAUGCCCAGUCCAAGCUUUGAAGCCCCUUCGAAGCAAAACAUUCCUCCCCCGCUUGACGGCCCUGUACUUUGUCAUUCAGUCUGACACUUAUGGUGACUUCCUCAUCGACGAGGAUGGAUUCUUCGAUAGUAUCGCAGACAUGAUCAGGGACAGACGAACGCCACAUUUAUUCGAAGUUCAACUCGAGCGUCUGUCAUUGGAUACCACCCGGGGUAUUCUAGGAAGUGUAGGAUUUCCGCUGACAUACCGGGGAUACGACGGAUAAUAGAACUCUGUUCGGAGGGACUAGAAUUACUCGAAACUGUUGUGGAUGGGUGGUUGUGUCCAGUCCAUGAAAAGCUUAGGCACUGGAAUGCAGAUCUCGCACAACGAGAUGCAGCUCGAUUCAGAUAUUCAGUACCAUCUGAGGUAGUUUGUUAUUAUUGAUCGACUUGUGGAGGUGUCCAAAUGUAAACUUAGACACUGUAUAUCCGACCCGCUGUCCUGGUGUAUUUACAUUUAGUUGCAACCUGCCG